AUGCUUCGCCGAACAAAAGGGUCACGUAGCUCUCGUCGCGGUAUACGGGCGCAGAUGUUUGUAAGCAACGGUGCAAAAACCCAAGAAAGUGGUAGCUCAACUAAGUUCCAAGCAAGUAGGGGAACAUCUGCAGAACGGGGUACUCUCGUCACAAUUGCAGCAGCGGCAAAUGCUAUUGGGAACACAAGAACCACUAUUCCCUAUUCAAAGAGGUUGGACGUUCUGGAACGUCUUUUCAGAAAGGCAAAGAAUGAACUCCUGGAUAAGAUCGAUCCAUCAUCAUUCGAAUCAAACUUAAUAGAAUCAAUUCAGUUUAAAGUAAUCAAAACAAUCACAAAUAGAAUCACAUUAGAAAAACUAGCAGGAACUCGAUCCAAUGUUGAGAGUCCUGCGGCUUUCACCUCAAUUACUGCUUCAACUUCGUCUGCUCAUGGUUCGGCAUCUAAACGGCAAACAAAGCGGAAAAAUAAUGAAGAUCUAACAAAAGACGUUUUGCAAUCCGUUCAGGACCACUUUAAACGGCCGACAUAUCAAGAGGAUCGCUACGACAUUAUCGGAAAAAUGAUAGCAUUGAAACUUCGAGAAUUUAAAAAUAAACAGCAACAGUUGUUGGCUGAAAAAAUAAUAAAUGAAACUUUAUUCGAAGCUGAGAUGGGAAAUCUUACAAUGUCACAUAGAGUAAUGGCUCCAAAAACAAUGAUUUCCGAUUACGGUCAAGUAGUUCAACUUCUAUACCAUCACCAUCUCAUAACUUUUGCCAUCACCAUCUCAUAA